AUGUUAUUCGGCUGGAGUAGUCAGCAUGCGAAACAUGCUCAGGCUUGCGCAGAUGUAAAAGGCAAGGGUACUGUUCAACUUCGAGUAGCUGGUGGUAUGGGUGAAAGACAAAUUGAGUUCAAGAAUACUUUAUUUGUGCCGGAUUUACGAACGAAUCUAAUUUCUGUUGCGAAAAUUACAGAUAAAGGACAUACAGUAGCUUUUUAUAAAACUGAGACAUUUGUUAAUGAUGCAAGCGGCAAAAUUACUUUUAUCGCAGAUCGAAGGGGUGACUUGUAUUGUUUGCGUGAAAACAGCGAAUGUGGCAUUGUACAAGAAAAGUGUUCCGAUGUAUUCAAAUGGCAUUGUCGGCUUGGUCACUUGAAUGCGAAAGAUUCAUUCAGAAUUCUUCGUAACGGCGUAUUACCUUCGAUUAAAUUCAGCGAAACUGAGGAAUUCUCAAAAUGCUUUGAAAGACAAAAAGGCCAGAAGAUGAUAUGUUUACAAUCUGAUAAUGGACGUGAGUAUUGCAAUAAUGACUUUAAUCAAUACCUUGCAGAUCAUGGAAUUUUGAAAAGACUUAGUGUACCUCGAACUCCAGAGCAGAACGGGUUGGCAGAAAGGAUGAACCGAACAUUGAUGGAUAUGGCUCGCUGCCUGCUGCAGAAGUCUGGUUUAGGCACAUCUUUUUGGUCGGAAGCUGUAGCUACUUCGUGUUUCAUUCGCAACAAAUGUCCGUCAAGCAGUAUUCAAUGGAAGACACCUUACGAGAAGUUCUACGGUAAUAGUCCUGAUUUAAAUUAUUUGAAGAUUUUUGGAUCAAAAGAUGGUGCUGAAUAA